CAUGGCCGACAGCAAGGCCAAGCCCACCAAGGCAGCCAACAAGACGCCCCCCAAGUCUCCAGGGGACCCUGCGAGGGACAGAGCAGCCAAGCGGCUCUCGCAGGAGUCGGAAGGCGCCCUGGAGGGUGCGGCAGCGGCCCCAGAGCUCAGCGCCCUGGAGGAGGCCUUCCGCAGGUUCGCAGUGCACGGGGACCCACGGGCCACGGGCCGCGAGAUGCACGGCAAGAACUGGUCCAAGCUGUGCCGGGACUGCCAGGUCAUCGACGGCAAGAACGUGACCGUCACCGACGUGGACAUCGUCUUCAGCAAGAUUAAGGGCAAGUCCUGCCGCACCAUCACGUUCGAGCAGUUCAAGGAGGCGCUGCAGGAGUUGUCGAAGAAGCGGUUCAAGGACAAGAGCGGGGAGGAGGCCGUACAGGAGGUGCACCGCCUCAUCGAGGGCAAAGCGCCCAUCAUCUCGGGGGUGACGAAAGCUGUCUCGUCGCCCACCGUGUCGCGGCUCACCGACACCACCCGGUUCACGGGCUCCCACAAGGAGCGCUUCGACCCGUCUGGCAGAGGCAAGGGCAAGGCGGGCCGCGUGGACCUGCUGGAUGAGUCGGGCUAUGUGUCGGGCUACAGGCACGCAGGCACCUACGACCAGAAGGUGCAGGGUGGCAAGUAG